AUGCUCGACAACUACCAUGUUAUUGAGUUGAUUGGCGAAGGAUCUUUUGGGAAGGUGUACAAAGGUCGGCGGAAAUGUACUGGUCAAAUUACAGCGAUGAAGUUCAUUCUGAAGCAGGGCAAAUCCGAAAAGGAUAUCAAAAACCUGCGGCAGGAGAUUGAGAUUUUGCGCCAGCUGCGCCACGAGAAUAUUAUCCAGAUGCUCGACGCCUUUGAAACGAAGACGGAGUUUUGCGUUGUUACCGAGUAUGCACAGGGAGAGCUCUUCGAAAUCUUGGAGGAUGAUCAGAAUUUGCCGGAGGAAGUGGUGCGCGGCAUAGCCAAGCAGCUGGUUCGUGCUCUACAUUACCUGCACUCCAACCGCAUCAUCCACCGUGACAUGAAGCCGCAGAACAUCCUGAUCGGGUCUAACGGCGUCGUCAAGCUGUGUGAUUUCGGUUUCGCGCGGGCGAUGAGCUGCAAUACUAUGGUCCUUACGUCUAUCAAGGGAACCCCGCUGUACAUGGCGCCGGAGCUAGUUCAAGAGCAGCCGUACAACCACACGGUGGACCUCUGGUCUCUUGGCGUCAUCCUGUUUGAGCUGCAUGUGGGACAGCCGCCAUUCUACACCAACUCCAUCUAUAGCCUCAUCCACCACAUCGUCAAGGACCCGGUCAGGUUCCCAACCAAUAUUACGCCCGAGUUUAAGUCGUUCCUCAAGGGGCUGCUGAACAAGAAGCCGCAGGACCGGCUGGGCUGGCCGCAGCUGCUAGAGCAUCCCUUUGUACGGGAGACGGACACUGAGAGGCUGGUGCGGGAGAAAAUGUUGGCGGAUGCGAUGGAGGUGGCUGAGGGAAGUCGUGCAUGGAAGGUGAGGUGGACGGAGUAA